UACUGUAGUCUCGUGGAGGAGAUGAAGAGGCAGAAUCCUGACUUCCCUGAUGAUGUCACCAGUGGAGUGUUGGUCCAUCAGGUUAUACCUGAGUCCCCCGCACACAGGGGCGGGAUAGAGGCCGGUGACGUGAUCCUCAAGCUGAACGGCCGCCCACUCAGGACCACCGACGAGCUGCAGGGGGCGUUGCUAGGCGACGGGCCCCUCCUCCUGGAGGUUCGUCGCGGCGACGAUGAGCUGCUUUUCCACAUAGAGCCCCACGUCGUCAUGCAGUGAGGAGGCGGAGUCAUGGACCAGGGAAAUGUAGUUAGAGUUUUUUUUUUUGUUUUCAGAGUUGGGGAGGGGGGGGGUCAAUUCAGGAAGUGAUUUCGAUUUAAACUAAAUAAAUCGCUUUUACUUUUCAGUUUAUUGAGAAGUCGUUUGAAAAUAAAUGGCCUUUUUGCAAUUUAGGACAUGAAUUGACCUGCCUUCAGUUGGAAUUCAGAACGACCCUGUUUUAAUGUUGUUAUGCGUUUUGACUGUGUUCUCUGUUGUGACUGGGCUGGACUCACUACAGAUGUACCGCCUGCUUAUUCCCUACCUAUAGUGGACACUAUAAUCCCUACUUAUGUUCCCUACCUAUAGUGCUUGUAACCAGGGCACUAGAGCCCAUUGGUUGCCUAACAACCUCAUAGUUUAGCCUGGUUGCUAGGCGGUUGCUAGGUCAUUUCGGAUAUAUGUAUGUCCAAAUGUAUUCCUUAUGUAGUGCACUACUUUGGACUAGGACCCUACAUAGUGAACUAGAGCCCUAUUCCUUAUGUAGUGCACUACUUUGGACCAGGACCCUACAUAGUGAACUAGAGCCCUAUUCCUUAUAUAGGGAAUAGGGCCCUGGUCUAAAGUAGUGCACUAUAUAGGGUUCCAUAUGGCUCUGGUCUAAAGUAGUGCACUAUGUAGGGUUUAGGGUGGGAUUCAUUCACUAUAAACGCUAGACAUCUUUCAGAGAGAGAUGGAGAUAGAGGAUGUGCUUUAAAGGACCCUUCUGCCCGUAAACCUCAUAGUUGAACCUGGUUGCUAGGCGGUUGCUAGGCGGUUGCUAGGCGGUUGGCGGUUGCUAGGCGGUUGCUAGGCCGUUUUAUGCUGGACUGUAUGUAUGUUCAUGUAAACAUGAGUAAAUAAA